UCUUUGCCCUGUACGUGCAACGUCAGACGCUGCGUCAGCCAAUAGGAAAGAGCCUCAUUUACUGUACGUAUUACGUAGCCAGCUGCUAUCCGACUAGCUAGUUUGCUAACAAGAAAGAAGAUGGAUUCUCCAAUAUUGGAACCGUCCUUGUACACUGUCAAAGCAGUUCUGAUACUGGACAACGAUGGAGACAGGCUUUACGCCAAGUAUUAUGAUGAUACAUACCCGACAGUGAAGGAGCAGAAGGCAUUUGAGAAGAACAUAUUCAACAAAACACACAGGACAGACAGCGAGAUAGCAUUACUCGAGGGCCUCACUGUUGUCUACAAGAGCAACAUAGACCUCUUCUUUUAUGUGAUUGGAAGCUCCCAUGAAAAUGAGCUUAUGCUCAUGGCUGUUCUAAAUUGCCUGUUUGAUUCGCUCAGUCAGAUGUUGAGAAAAAAUGUCGAGAGGAGGGCUUUGUUGGAGAAUAUGGAGGGGCUCUUCCUGGCUGUGGAUGAAAUUGUAGACGGAGGAGUGAUCCUGGAGAGUGACCCUCAGCAAGUUGUGCACCGUGUGGCUCUUAGAGGGGAUGAUGUGCCUUUGACAGAGCAGACAGUCACCCAGGUUCUUCAGUCUGCCAAAGAACAGAUCAAGUGGUCGCUUCUACGAUAGACUCACUCCUUCACCAGUCUAACAGUGAGCCGCUGUUCAGCCCAGUCUUCGUGGCACUGAUUCCCAUACUCCUUUUCCUCUGAUUUCCACUCCUUCAAUCAAAGCUGUGAGGAGUACCACUGGCUGAUCCAGUCACACUCCCAGGACUACUGCUCAACAAAGUUUUUUUUUUCUUAAUUCUGUUUGCACAGGCUUGCAUUGUAUGACGUAAUCAACAUGAGGUUAAGAUGGUGUACAUUCCAGUACCAGGUCUGGCCUGUUUUUUGUUUGUUUUUUCAUUACAGCACCUGUGUGCUUAUAAAACGAACAUGUCUAUAAAACAUUCAUGAACCUCAUGAUACCCCGUGGCAACAUUCCAUAUGUCUCCUUGCAUAAGACCCUGUCGUCUCCUCCAGAUUACUGUACAAAGUGUUGAAGCACUAUCUCUAUCAUUUUACAUGAAUGUUGUAAUUGAAAAGUGUACAACUAGUACUGUACCUAUGAUCACUGAGGUAUGUUUUGGUUAUGUUUUGUCUGGGGAUCUUCCAUCAUCUGAUACUUUUAAUAAAUGUUUGUUGACGCUGA